UCGACGAGACACGUGUCAUUAUAUUAUCAGUUCCGUCAUACGACGGAAGUAAUUAUUAUUUUAAUAUCCACAGACGAAUCCGUUUUCAUCUCUCUCGAUAACACAUACGUCGGAUUUUUUUUACCUUCUGUCUGCACGUUCGCACACACACAUACACGUUUGGCGGGAGAUUUUCACUCUCGACAAGAAAAGCGUCCCCUCUCCGUUCGUCAUUGGUGGCGAUCUAUCUCUGCGGAGCGCGGGAAAUCUUUGGCCGUCGUUGCUCGUGACGGGUUCGAUUCGGUUAGGAUCUGUAAGCACAGUCGCACUGCCACCGCCGUCAAAAUGUCGCAGUCUCCGAGUGCCGUCCGUCAGAAUAGCGACGUCGCUUAAUAAUUGUAUUAUUGUCACUAUAUCGUCACGUCGACUGUGAUUUUCGUCUCGAACGAGUGUUUUGCCGUACAUUCGGUUAUCCGGUUUUCGGUUUUUCGGUCUAUGAAAUCUCGUUUUUUACGUCCAAAUGAAUAAUGGCCAAUACCGCUGUGCCGGCCAUGUGUUGUAGUCGCGGGUUCGCGGCGGCGACCGGUCUGUUUUUUUUGUUCUCGUUGACUUUGAGUCACCCGUCCUCCGCGGAAGUCCGGCAUGUCCGACACAAGAGGACAGUAUCGGAUCUCAUGGAAGGACUCAUGAACGCCAUGUAUUUUCACGUGCAGGAUCCGAUGCCCUUGCCCUCCACCGUGAUCGCACGAAUCACUCAUUUGACGGCGCCCAAUAAAGUUUACAAGUACGUUCCAGUGCAAACAUUAAAGUUAUCAAAAUUGCGUGCACGUCAAAUAGCUGAACCAAAAUUAAGACUUAAAUAUCCGAAAAAAAUUUCAAUAGCUACAGAAGACUCGUCAUUGACACUGUUGAAAAAUGAUCUACCUUGGACGUUACACCCACUUCCGCCUCCUUUGCCAACGUCCAAAACGAUUAAGCUUGAGGUGGACAAAUCAAUGCCAUGGGCUUUGCACCCGCUUCCGCCGCCCGUCAAGACAAAAAAUUAUUCCGAUUACUAUUGGCCGGACUCAAAGACACGACCAAAGUACUAUUACAGAUCCAAACCGCCCAAGCCAUUCCGUUAUACCAAUAAUAACUAUAAAUACAAAAAACCAAAGGUCCACCCCAACUUCAAACCCACCUUGGAGUAUAGCAAGCCCGCGGUCGAAUAUCAUUCGGUCGUCGAUCAUAAUACGAAACCCAACGAUUACAAUAGUCACGCCGAUUAUAAGCCUGUCGAUUACAAUAGUAAUAAUAAGCACAAUGACAAUAAUAAUCAUGUCGAUUACCCGUCUGAUUCUUUCAAGUACAUCGAUUACAAGCAUGUUGAUUACAAGCACGUCGAUUACAAGUCUCCAGACUAUAAGUCCGAAUAUCCGAAGCAUACGAUGGACGAAGACACGCAUGAAAAUAACAACAAUGAUGACCACUACGAUCAAAACGACGUAUAUCAUUAUUCGCACGACGAUCAUUCGGCUCAAAACAACGAUUUUACGUCGCCAUCGUCACAGUCGCCGCCUUCCGCCGAGUAUGUUUCACAUAUCACCAUCGAACCGUCCAUUCAGAUCGCGUCGUUUUCGGAAUCGGAACUGCAAGGUGACGGUACGAACAAGGACAGCAGCAGCGUAUCCCAGGGCGAUGCGAAGCGUCAUAGGUCGUGUCAGUGUACGAUAAACGGACAUCGGCAUAAACGUGAUGUCGGCGACCACAAUGACGGUGACGACAAUCGUCAUCGUUUGCCGUGGGCGAUGAACGGUACAACUGCAGAUAACAACGACGAUUAUGAUAACGAAAAUCGAACUGCGAUCCGGAAGCCAACCGAUUCUAAUGUGGCGCAGUCUUCGCGGAAUGGCUACUUUGCUCCGCGAGUUGGACACGCCACUGACGUGCAAAUAAUCAAGUCACACGAUAUCACUGACCAGUCGAUGAUUAAUGGUCCUAGACCUGCGAACGGUUUUGAUCUAUCGAACGGUCCUGGUCCUGCGAAUGGCCCGGGUCUUGCUAACGGUAUGGGUUAUGUGCAACAAGUGCGUAACAUGAAUAAUGACCAUCCGGUCAUAAAACUGUCAACCGUCGAUACGGAUCGCGGACAGGCGAAAAAGAACGAAGCGGCCGCAUUCAGGGACGAGAGCGAUAAGUUCAAAGUGGAAUUUAAUCGUAACAUAAACAAUUGGGAUAAGUCAAAAUCAGCUGGCGACAAACAAGGACGAUACUCGUCGUUAAGCCCUGAAGUAAGCAGUGUUGAUGGUGGAAGCAGUGGAGUUAACUCGGGAAUUUCGGAUGACUACGGAAACCGACCGACCAGGGACAAACCGGAUACGCGAGGAAGAGGUUAUCACGCCGUCAGGAGCAAGGUGGAGAACUCGGAUCGAGGCGUGUCGUUCAGUGUGCAGACUCCCUAUUCGGUUUCUAGUUAUUCUUCGAACGUCCGACAUCCGGAAGAACACCAGUCCCGGUUUCGUUACACCGGGCACAAAUCCGAUUCAUCGUCAUCGCUAUCGCCAGAACCACUGUUGUCGUCGUUCCAGGACGGAUACUCAAAACCACCGCUGGACUUUGAGCAGUUCGGUUUGAAGUCAGCUCUGGGCGACGAUCAUCCGCUCAGUCCGGAUCAUUUUUCACGAGACUUAUUCGAAGACAAAUCGCCUGAAACCGUGACAAUUGGUCGGAUCUCGUCGCGAUUUCCGGAGAGCUUCGGAACAGUUGCACCUGAUAGACGCCCCAGUUCUGGGUUUUCGGAUCGGCCGGCCUCGUACUUUUCGAGGGAUUUCGGCCACGAUGACCGGAGUCGUUUUAAAACGUCAUUGAAACCGUUUAGGUAUACUGCGAAACAUGGACCAUCUCAGUCUGUUGACGAUCUGUUCGACAUUCGAUCGAAAGGUGGACGUCCGUCGAAUGAAGAAUCGGUUUUGGAAUAUUUCCAACCGGUUGUCAUCGAUUUUGACAAAAAGUCUAAGCAAGACGACAAUGAUUUCUUAAGAUCGGUCGGCGGUAGCAGCAACAACAAUUUCGGAGGUAACGAUAGAUCACGGUACUUUGGUAAAACAGAAAAUUCGGUUUUUGCAAAAUUCAAAAAAAACCAGAAUUCUGAUCAGCUUCGUUUGCCUGGCCGUUUACACGAAUCCAACGAAAACUUGUCCAGAAAAAUGGUUUUACAUCCUUCCGCAUUCGACAUAGAUUAACGCAAAGGUUUAUAGUUAUUUAUUCUUAACAGCAGGCGAUAUAAAUACACGUAAAUUACUUUAAAUGUAUUUUCGUUAAAAACUAUGAUUUACUUACAAUCGUCGAAUGCAACAUAUAAAAAACAUAUUAUUAUGCCAUUAUGCACUCUAUGUUUGUAAACAAUCAUUAUCAUUAUAUAUAUAUCGCUAUUUUAAAACAAUAUAUAUGUAACUAUUUCCAAUCCUAUUUUAAAAAGAAAUUGAAAUAUUUUUUAUAAAUUUUAUAAUUCACUAAUAUAUUAUAUUAGUCGGUUGAUCGUUUUAAGAACGAAUUUCUGUCUUUAUAAUUAAAUAUAGUUUGAUGAAUUGAAAAAGUAAAUAUUUUACUAUAUAUUGUUUAAAAUAAUAUUUAAAUCUUUUAUCGCUAAUAAAUUUAGGGUGCCAUGUAAAAUAAAAUAUUUUUAAUAUUGGAUGAAAAUAAAUCGUUUUUAUACAUUGUGGUGACAUUUAAAUAUGUUCCUUAAAACGGUUAUUACUUAAAUAUUAUAUAGAACAUGGUUUGCGAUUAAUACACUUAAACACUUAAACAUAUUAUAUAAUGUACAAAACAUAAUGAAUGUAUUAAUUUU